AUGACCGAAAGAAACCUUAAGGUCUUGUGGGACUCACUGCAUGAGGGCUUUGAGAAGAUUGAAUCUGUCUUACUGCCUAAAGUGGAGCGCGAAUGGCAGAACCUUCGCUUCCAAGACUACAAGACAGUUGAGGAAUACAAUACUGCACUUUAUGGGUUUGUCACACGCAUGAAGCUAUGUGGACGUAUGCUUGAAGACAAAGAUCUCAUAAACAAGACCCUGUCAACCUUCCACCCUAAACUCACUUAUGUGAGUCGCCAGUACAAAUUGGACAACUAUAAGACAUAUGUUGCCCUGAGUAAUGCCUUGCAGCAAGACCACGGAGAAGAUGAGACAAUCAUGCAGAACCACUUAUCUCGUCCUACUGGCACCGUGACACCACCUGAAGCACAUGCCACAUCAUUCAAGAAGAAUGAUAAUAAAGGGAAAGGCACUCAUAAGGCGCCAUGGAAGGGAAAAGGCAAGCAAUUCAAGAAGAACAAAAUGCAAAAGUCUAAGAAGACACUUUCAGGGGGAGAGUACGGUAAACAGGAUCAGGAUUGUUACAGAUGUGGCAUGAGAGGACAUUGGUCUCGCAUUUGCCGCACUCCUAAACACAUCGUGGACUUGUAUCAAGACCUUCAUGGCCAGAAAAAGAAGAAGCAAGCACAGCAUGAAGCUCACUUUGUUGAUAGCGAGAAGCUAGAGAUAGAAAGAGCUAUGAAGACAACAGAAGGCAACAAUAAGGAUAUGGGAGAAUCAAGCAAGAAUCCUAGAGAUAUAGAUCUUGAUGAUGACCUUAUGGAUGAAGAUGACCUUCUUAGUGAAGAAGAUGUGCAUGGGGACACUAAGUAG